AACUUUCCCCGCGAAUUGUCCUGCACGGUCCGCGCCAUUGGCGUCCUCUUCAUGUUUUCUUGUUGUGAAAGCUCAGGUCCAAUAGCAGCAUGGCUUUCGAACCUAACCGGCCACCAGCCCCUGUGCAGAGAGGACGAUCAGGUGCAUCAAGUUCGUCAAGACGGUCAAUUGCCGUAUCCAUUGACCCGUGCACCUGGACAAACUUCACCAUGUCCCCUCACGAUGAUCGGCCCAGGCCGAAUGUGUAGCAGAGCAGUCAACUCAAAAGCCCACAAGAUCCAGGUUAGAGCGCCUGCUCCAUUUUCCUCGUACCUUGAAGCUGCGUGACAGAAGCUCGAGGCAGUUAAUCCGCCAUCAUGUCGGGCAACGUAGACACCAACAGACCUGCAGAUGCGCCUGCGAAGAACAAUGGGCUUUACUAUGCCGACAACGACAAGGACUUUCUGCAUCCCAACGACUCACGCGACAAUGCCUUGACCAAGAUCAGGACUGCUGGCAGCAUCGUCAUGCCUCCAGAGUUGUUCGAGAAGCUGUACUUGUCGCCCGAGAAUAGAGUCAAAGGUGAUCUGAGAAAGACAUUCGGUAACCCAACGCCCAUCGGUCUUGGAGGUUUCUUGCUCUCUCUGACUCCAUUGUCCUGCUUCUUAAUGAACUGGCGAGGGACCUUGACUGGACUUGGCGCCUCGGAUAUCGCAGUUUACAUCUACUUUGGUGGCGUAUUGAUGGUCGUUGCAGGUUUCUUCGAGCUGAUCCUCGGAAACACUUUCCCCGCCGUCGUCUUCACCACGUUCGGCGCUUUCUGGUUCUCGUUCGGCGGAACUCUCCAACCGUUCUAUGGCGCUUGGGCUGCCUUCGCAGAGGAUCCAGUCGGAGCACCACAAACAGGUCUUGAGAACCCAGCCUUCUUCAACGCAUAUGCAUUCUUCCUGCUCUUCAUGGGUCUGCUCUGCUUGGUCUACCUCAUCUGCUCCAUUCGUACCAACCUGAUCUUCUUCUUGAUCUUCCUGCCUUUGCCCCCGACUUUCGCGUGCUUGGCAGCCAGCUUCUGGUUCACCGGUAUGGGCAACAUGGCAUAUGCGCACACGCUACAAGAGGCUGGUGGAGCGAUGGCUUUUGUUGUGUGUCUGCUCGGAUGGUAUCUCUUCACCGCACUCAUGUUGGCCUCCGUCGACGCGCCCUUCUCUCUGCCAGUCUUCGACCUUUCCACUCGCAUCAAGGGUGCGAGCGAUAAGCAACUGAAGGGAUCUCUUGAAGGCGACGUCUAAAUAUGCUUCGAGAGAUACAGACUUCGCUAUGCAUGAACAAGAUGAGAAAGAGGUUUGGACAUGAUGAUAUCCGAUAUCCGGCAAAGUGCCGGCAGUAU